AUGACACUUAAGAUUAUCGCCCUGGCUUCCUUGCUGGCAGCUGCAAGUGCAAAGCCAGGCCUCUCUCAGAGCUAUCAGGCUCCAGGAUCUUCCUUCGGUGGUUCUGCAGGAGACGCUAGUUUCCUCCGACCUGCUGCAGGGCCUGCCAUCAACUUCGGAGGGGCUGCUUCUGGUGGAGCCUACAACCCACCUGUCGCUUCUACUCGCCCGCAGUAUAACUUCAACUAUGCCGUCAACGAUGCUUUUGGUAACGAUUUCGGCCACCAAGAGGGGCGCGAUGGAUACAACACUCAGGGAUCCUACUACGUGCAGCUUCCCGAUGGUCGUCUGCAGAGGGUUAUUUACACCGUCAACGGCGACCAAGGAUACGUUGCUCAAGUGACGUACGAGGGAGUGGCUCAGUACCCUGCCUUCCAGCCGUCUGCCUCCUACUCACCCUCAUCCUCUUAUGGUUAAGGUCUGCAAGCCGAGUAACAUAAUGCAGGAUGUUAAUAUAUCCUUUUUUUAAUG